UGCCAUCCUUGGUCGCCGUUUGUCUUUUUUGAGCCAAAAAGUCAAAGUAGGGUACGCUUGGGGUACGAUACCAAACGUACCCCUUCAGAUUCACGAUCAGUAAUCGGUGAUCGUCGAUCACUCUUGAUGUGAUGAGUCGCCAUAGGACCAUCUUGAGAAGGCCCAUACUGCUGUGCGUGGACUUUGAUGAGACUAUUACUGUACGUGACACGACCUCGCUGCUCUUCCAGCUUUCCUCAAGCUCCGCUUCAACGCAACAGCAACUGGUGACGCAGUAUGUCGACGAAGUCGGAGAGUUCAUCGGGAGCUAUGAGACCAAGUGGCGGCAGCGCGAGCUCAUCUCCAGUAGAAGCAGAACUUUCGACGACGCAGGCUUACACGAGUUUCUGGAAGGAUACGCUGCAGUGGAUCUGCGGUCGGUGCAGCGGGUUGUGGAGUGCCGAGCGUUGGAGGGCAUUCGGCACCAGGACCUUGUCAAGGUUGCGAGUAGCGUGCAGGUCCGAUCAAAUUACGCCGAGACACUAGCACUUGCCGAUGACUGGAAAAUCAUAUCUGUCAAUUGGAAUAAAAAGCUGGUGGAGUCUGUGAUAACUCAAGCUGGAGUUGUACAUGAACCGACGCAGAUCAUCGCCAAUGACAUGAAGGCGGAUCAGCAGGGAGUGACGACUGGAGAGAUCAAUGUGAAGGUGCAGUCUCCUAUGGAUAAAGCGCGGUGGAUUGACAACGUACGGUCGAUGUAUGCAGCGACCAAGCCUACGGUCGUGUAUGUUGGUGAUAGUGCAACUGAUCUGCUGGCACUGCUUGCAGCGGAUGUCGGCAUUUGGAUAGCUGCUGCUAAUACUGCAGCGUCUUCUGCAAAGCUGUUGCAUCAACUUGUGGAGAAUUAUGGGAUUGAUCUGCAUCCGUUGAUGAACUGUGGCUCUGUUGGUGGCCGUAUUCACAACGAUAGACCUGUCCUAUAUACAGUGACCGACUGGGCACAGGUUCAGUCAAUCCUUAAAAGUCCGUUCUGAACCGGGAUCAUGUGCCCACCGGACUGGGGUAGGUGGCCGAUACUGGGGCGCGGAUUUAAUUCGAGUUUGGCCGAUGUGCGAGUCAGAAAUACGAGUUACUGUAGCGAAUCCAGCGAUACACUUCGAUAUCUCUGGAAGUACGUACAGAGAUGACCAGAAUGUUGGUUGUUGAAUACCUAAUAAACCAAGAUGAAAAGUCCAAAAAGAAGAAGGAUCGCACAGGAGCUCAGAAAGGAUGGGCUACUAAACGUGCCAACCGCGCUCAUUCCUCGUCGGUUGAGCUCACUGUUAAGGUGAUGAAUGGUUUUCCAUUAAAGCAGGUAUUCGUGGCGCUAGUUCGUCAAUCAAUAUACUAGUAUGUUAUUUUGAUGGUUUACCG